CUUCUUUCACAGUUCUGUACCAUUAUCUCUGUGGUAAGCUAGGAAGCCGUCCUGAGCGAUGCCUGAGCCAGCCAAGUCCGCUCCCGCGCCCAAGAAAGGCUCCAAGAAAGCCGUCACCAAGACCCAGAAGAAGGGCGACAAGAAGCGCCGCAAGAGCAGGAAGGAGAGCUACUCCAUCUACGUGUAUAAAGUCCUCAAACAGGUCCACCCCGACACCGGCAUCUCCUCCAAAGCCAUGAGCAUCAUGAACUCCUUCGUGAAUGACAUCUUCGAGCGCAUCGCCGGGGAGGCUUCCCGUCUGGCGCAUUACAACAAGCGCUCCACCAUCACCUCCCGGGAGAUCCAGACGGCCGUGCGCCUCCUGCUGCCCGGAGAGCUGGCCAAGCACGCCGUCUCGGAGGGCACCAAGGCCGUCACCAAGUACACCAGCUCCAAGUAAGCGGAGGGCGCUGGUCAAAAAGGAGACUUCAAAACCCAAAGGCUCUUUUAAGAGCCACCCACUUUCUCGUGAAAAGAGCUCCGGUCUCUUUAAGACUUUUGUUCCGUUAUGGGAUGGAGGGGGGGUGGAGGC